UUAAGGUUAAGUUAACCUCAAUUCGUCAUAACCUUACUUUGUAAGAUGUUAAUUUGUAAACAAAUUCUAAAAGUUCAAAAAUGCUUCUUAAAGUUUCAUCCAAUCCAUACCUGGACGAAACCGGAAGGAUUUGAUACGAAAAUUAAAGUUUACAAUUGUAUCACGAGAAACAAGGAACCCUUAGUCAUUAGAGACAAGCAUCUAAUAACUUGGUACACUUGUGGUCCAACAGUUUACGAUUCUUCUCAUAUUGGACAUGCUAGUUGCUAUGUAAAAUUAGAUAUAAUUCAGAAAAUACUGCAGAAUUAUUUUAAGUACAAUCUCAUAACGGUAAUGAAUAUUACAGAUAUCGAUGACAAAAUUAUCAGAAGAGCAAUUCAAAUGAAAAAAACGUAUAAAGAUGUCGCGAAAAUGUAUGAAAAGGAAUUCUUUGAAGAUUUAAAAAGUCUUGGAAUCGCAAAACCUAAUAUUAUAUUAAGAGUAACAGACAACAUGGAUAUCAUAAUAGAUUUCAUCAAACAACUUGAAAGUAACGGUCAAACCUACAUGGCCAAAGAUAAUUCUGUUUAUUUUUCUGUAGAAAAUGAUAAUUAUGGGAAAUUGGUAAACAUUAAUGAAGGCACAAAACAACAGACAAAAAAAGGUGUAAAAAAGAAUGAUAUGGAUUUUGUAUUAUGGAAAGAAAGUAAAGAGGGAGAACCAUAUUGGAAUAGCCCAUGGGGUUCAGGAAGACCAGGAUGGCAUAUAGAAUGCUCGGCUUUAGCCUCACACGUUUUAGGUUCUAACAUCGACAUUCAUGCUGGUGGGAUGGAUCUCAAAUUUCCCCAUCACGAAAACGAAGAAGCUCAGUCAUGUAGCUACCAUAAAACUGAACAAUGGGUUAAUUACUGGAUUCACAUUGGUCACUUGCACUUAAAAAAUUCAGAAAAAAUGUCCAAAUCUCUCAAAAAUACCGUAUCGAUUCAAGAGAUGUUACAAGAAGUUAAAACUGAGGUCUUUAGAUUGGCCUGUGCUAUGUCGCACUAUAAAAGUGGCAUGGAAUAUAGCAAAGAGCUCUUAGAAACGUCCCAAAAUGUUUACCAAGUAUAUAAGAACCUCAUAAUUUCUUGUAACGAUUAUAUAAAUGGGCAUUUGAAAGCUACUAUAAACAAUGAUGUUCUGUUAAAAGUGCUCGGCGACUCUUAUAGUAGUGUACAUAAUGCUUUGUGUGAUGAUUUCGAUACUCCAAGUGUUAUUAGAACUUUAAACGAGCUCGUCUCCGUAACGAAUUCGAUGCUCCAUACCACCACGUCAUCAAAUAACCAAAUUGGUUUAAGUUCGGUGGCAGCAGUAUCCAAUUUUCUUUCUGGCAUUUUAACAUUAUUUGGAGUAGAUUUCGAUGAAAGAACUACAAGAAGUUCUGAGAAUUUCAUAGAAGUAAUGAACAUAUUAAAUGAUUUUCGGCAAGAUGUAAGAUUAAUUGGUAUAGAAAAAAAAGAUAAGGAUAUAUUAAAACUAUGUGAUAAUAUCAGAGAACAACUUAAAGAAAAUAAUAUUGUCGUAAGGGAUUACACAAAGACGUCUUCAUGGUCUAGGUGACAUCUCGAAAGAAAUUUUCCUUAUUAGAAUUUUUACCGAGUAUCCAAGUUAUACUAAUGUCUGUUAUAUUUAUUCUCUAUUAUCUUUAUUAUGGAUUUUUCUGUAAAUAUAAAUAAUUAUGUAACAA